GCGGCGGCGGCUCGGUCUCCAGCGCCGAGCGGUUCGGCCGGACGCGACGGGGCGAGCGCCCGGGAACCUGGCGCCGAACCUCCCGCCCGGCGCGCCGAGCCACUGAGGGACCUCGGACCAGGGUCAGGGGCCGCGACCGCUCCGGUGAGCAGAAAAAUCAACUGGAUGUUGCCCCCGAGGGAGAGGAUUCGUGAGAAGGAGAAGCGGCCGCGGAAAAGCAAAGACUGUGCAGGAACUAGGAAUUCAUUCCGGACCGGAGAGUCUUGGGGAGACCGCUGCCCCGCCCACUGAAGACCCUGCCUGGAAGAAGUUGUGCGCACGCGCAGUCACAGGCGAGACCGGCUCAGAACUAAGACGGGAUCGAUCGGUGGCGGUGCUUUCAGAGCGGGCGAGUGCACGAGUCCGACCCCUACAGCACGGAGAGAAAAGCACUGCAUCAGCACUCAGAUUUCCAGUUCACACUCUUGUCCCUCCACGGAACGGGCUGUGCGAUCUCAGACUGCUGCUGCCUCCCCUUCUGGAUCCUGAUGCUCUCUGUCGAGGCCCCACAUCUUGGCCUCCUCAGAGCUGUGGCUGCUACGGUCAGCUCCCUCCCUCUCCUGCUUCCAGAGCCCGCUUCCUUGGCCGCAGGCCACCCGGCGACCUCUGGGAAGAUGAGUGGCUGCGGGAGGAAGGCCCUGACCCUGCUGAGCAGCGUCUUUGCCGUCUGUGGCCUGGGGCUCCUGGGCAUCGCCGUCAGCACCGACUACUGGCUCUACCUGGAGGAGGGCGUGGUCCUGCCCCAGAACCAGAGCAUGGAGAUCAAGAUGUCCCUGCACUCGGGCCUGUGGCGUGUCUGCUUCAUCGCAGGGGAAGAGCGGGGUCGUUGCUUCACCAUAGAAUACGUGAUGCCCAUGAACUCCCAGCUGACCUCGGAGUCCACCGUCAAUGUUCUAAAAAUGAUUCGCUCGGCCACACCAUUCCCCCUGGUCAGCCUCUUCUUCAUGUUCAUUGGGUUUAUCCUGAGCAACAUCGGACACAUCCGUCCCCACAGGACAAUACUUGCCUUUGUCUCCGGCAUCUUCUUCAUCCUCUCAGGCCUCUCUCUGGUGGUGGGCCUGGUCCUCUAUAUCUCCAGCAUCAACGACGAGAUGCUCAACAGAACCAAGGACCCAGAGACCUAUUUCAACUACAAGUACGGCUGGUCGUUUGCCUUCGCGGCCAUCUCUUUCCUUUUGACCGAGAGCGCCGGAGUGAUGUCCGUGUACCUGUUCAUGAAGCGGUACACCGCCGAGGACAUGUACCGGCCGCACCCCGGCUUCUACCGGCCUCGUCUGAGCAACUGCUCCGAUUACUCAGGCCAGUUCCUACACCCGGACGCCUGGGUCCGGGGCCGCAGCCCCUCCGACAUCUCCAGCGACGCCUCCCUGCAGAUGAACAGCAACUACCCAGCCCUGCUCAAGUGCCCCGACUACGACCAGAUGUCCUCGUCCCCCUGCUGAGCCUCACCGCCCCCCUCCCUGGACGGUGGACAGCCAGAGAGCCCUUCCCGUGCUCCCCCGAUGGCCUGGCAGCCCCAGGCCCUUGGUUGACAGGCCCAGGCUGCCCCCACGCUUUGCUGUUGUCACUCGACCCAUGUUGUCUCCACAUCUUCCCCCCAAGAGUAGCUCCAACUGCCCCAGGCUGGGUGUCGCCGGUCCGGAGCCAGAGGGCAAGGUGAUUGGCCGAGAGCGCGAGCGUAGCCCCGCCUCCUGAGUGCCAAUCACUCCCACUGCUCUCCCCUUUCCCGGGAGAGGUGGCCGUUCCAGCUGUGUAAUUGUCCCUAAGCGCCCAACUUCAUGGCCGCAGGCCAAGUUCCCUACACACACCCAGUAGGACUUGUGUGCCUACCAACUAGCCUGGCCUUCCUGUUCAUGAUCUGGGCCAUCAGGCCAAAAAGGGGACUCUCCUAUGGAGGUCCAGCUGGUUCAGAAUUGCCAAGCAGCCUUCCUUGUGAAAUCCUUUAUCUUUUUUGGUUACCCACCCCCGUCCGCACAGCACACCUUUCUGUGCUCUCCAUCUCCCUCUCUGCCCGUUAGGCUCUGAAUCAUCCCUCCUUUCUUUCCACCAGGACUCAGCUGCCUGGGGUCUUGGACCCUAAGGGCGAAAGAGCGGGUCUGAGGCCACUCUGAUGAAGUCACAAAGAGGUGUUAAUGGCUGAUGAUGUCUUAAUAUGUAUGGCCCCCUAUAACAUACUUAACAGGGGUCCUUAAUGCCUUAACCCAAGAAGUGACUCUGACAAGGAGAAUGUCAGAUUUUGGCAGGUCCCGUUAGUAUUAUCAGGCACUGUUAGUAUUAUGAGGCCCUGGGGAUACUGUCCCUGCUCACAUGGGCAGUAUUUCCGGUCCAAGGCCCUAAACUCUGACCAUGUAGAUACACAUCUAUACUACAUAAGUAGAAGGCAGCUUUUAAAGAGGCUGCCUGGGAUUUGGAACUAGAUUUGACGACACUUGGUGCAUUUUGAGUCAAAAAAAGCCAGCCUUGGAAAGAUCUAGGGGCUCUCCUGUGGGUGCCCCUGAAUAUAUGGGGGUUGUCAUUUAAUCCUAACACAGGGCACUAUCCGCUUCCUGGACUGGGGACAUAUGGAGGCAGCUAGAUCCUUCCAGAAGGUGAGGCAGGGUGAUGCCCAUUUUCCUAGUAGCAAACUUGAGCUGGGAGGUACCAAGCACCUUGCAUGAAGUCCACAGGGGCCAGGGGCGGAGGGAUCAGUGGAAGGCCCAGGGCAGGACGU